AUGGAGAAGUCCAGCAGUGAGGAGUCAGCCAUUCACCGUAGCCCCUCCGUAGAUAGCCGUGACUCCGAUUUUGCUCAAGCCUCCACGUCUGGCCGACCGUUUGGCGGCCGCGGCUUCACUGCCGGCGCAUUCUACGGCUCUACGGGGCCGCGCAAAGACGCACAGCAGGGGCAGGCUGGAGUGGCGGCUGACACCAGCACCGGAGACAAGACCAACAACAAGUACAGCUCUCCCAAAGGCAGCAAAUACGUGGUCUUUUACCUGGAUCUAUCCUUUGUGUUCCUUUUAGAAUUCAAGAAGUGCAACAUGGCAAGGGGCUGCCUCUGCUGCUUGAAGUAUAUGAUGUUCAUCUUCAAUCUCAUCUUCUGGUUAUGCGGCUGUGGGCUGCUCGGUGUGGGCAUCUGGCUCUCGGUGUCGCAGGGCAGUUUCGCCACCUUCUCGCCCUCAUUCCCUUCGCUGUCGGCUGCCAACAUGGUCAUCGCCAUUGGCGCCAUCGUCAUGGUAACGGGCUUUCUCGGAUGCCUGGGUGCCAUCAAGGAGAACAAGUGCCUGCUUCUGAGCUUCUUCAUUGUCCUGCUGAUAAUUCUCCUGGCAGAGCUGAUAUUGCUCAUCCUGUUCUUUGUGUACUCAGAUAAGGUGAGUGAGAAUGCCAAGCAGGAUCUGAAGGAUGGGCUGGCUCUCUACAACUCAGAAAACAACAUAGGCCUACGAAAUGCCUGGAACAUCAUCCAGGCAGAGUGGAAGUGCUGCGGUGUGAUAGCAUACACCGACUGGCACGAUGCCCUGAAGGAGAAGGUAGUACCUGACCGCUGCUGCCAGGAGCAUUACCAGAACUGUGGGCAGAACUCCACAAACAUGUUCUGGAACAGGGGCUGCUUCGAGAAAGUGGAGGAAUGGCUGGGUGACAACAAGCACUUGCUGGGAACCAUAGGCAUGGUCAUCUUGGUGGUGCAGCUCCUGGGCAUGGCGUUCUCCAUGACGCUGUUCCACCACAUCCAUAGAACGGGGAAAAAGUACGAUGCUUAGCCUUCGGGGGAGGCACCCACUGGAGAGGAGCCCCACUGCCUGAUGGGAUAAGACUCUGAUUUAAACACCCCAGCUUCCCCCCUCUCUUUACAAUCUUCUUUACACCACCACCCCCUUUUCCCAGACGUUCUGUACAGAUUCCAGCUGUGUUCCCCGCUCCAUUCUUCUCUCUCCCCUAGCACCAUUCAUUUUGCCAAAGAGUAACACAACUGGAGGAGAAGGGACACUUACUUUGGCAAUGAAGAGAAUCCCAUUGGUUUUCACUCCUCUUGAGUACAUUUAUUUUUGAUUUUCUUUCUUUUUUUUGCUUGGACUAACAAUUUGCUGGAUGGAAGGACAGACUUUGAGACAAUGAGGACUUUACUAAUGCCCACACAGACCCUCUCUGAGGCAAAGAGGACAUAUACAACUGAUAAUACCCUCCAACAUUUGUGGAGUUUCUUUUUCCUCAUGUUGACUAAAAGUCAAGCCCCCUUUUCACUUGUAAAUGAAAAAAGUUUCAACAUGGCAUGGUGGUUUUCUACUUUACUGAUUUACCUUUGUCGUUGAAAUGUCAAACGUCUUCAUUUUUCUUUUUCUUUUUUUAUGUCGUUGAUGCUCCUGUGGAAUGUAAGUGUUGAUCAGAUCAGUGCAAUGAGCUCUAAGAUGGAUUUGACCUGAAGUUGCUGUGGAGGGACACAGACAUGUUGGGAUGCUGUUUAAUUUAAUACAUGAUUCAUAUUUUUUUUAUUUGGCUAUAGAAGUUUUGGUAAAGCGAGUGUG